AGGUUGUGUGUGUUGCAGGUCCUUGUUGUGAGUGCCACAGACCAGCUACCAGACCUACAACAACAACAACAACAACUACAACACACACUAAACGACCCAGAGGAUGGAUGGUCGCCGUGGUCCUCGUGGUCGCUGUGUUCCAGGUCGUGUGACGGAGGGGCAGCAGUGCAGACACGACGGUGUCGUCACUACACAGGAUGCAGAGGUGACUCAGUCAGGUACCAGCUAUGCAAUACCGAGCCUUGCCCAGCGGGCAGCAAGGACUUCCGAGCGGUACAGUGCUCGGAAUACAAUGGUCUGCCGUACGAGGGCACGCUGUACGAGUGGGAGCCCGCGGGGGGCGCAGACCCCUGCGCCCUCACCUGCAGAGCCGUGGGCGGGGGGCCCACGGUCACUCUCAAUCCCAGAGUACAAGACGGCACAAGGUGCUCACCUGAGUCCUUCAACCUGUGCAUCAACGGUCGUUGUCAGAGAGUUGGUUGUGACCACAAGCUUGGAUCUGAGAAGAAGGUAGACCAGUGUGGUGUGUGUGGUGGUGAUGGUGCCAGCUGUCAGCAACCCUCACACAGCUGGGAGACACGUGCCAACAGUGCCUGUUCUGCCACCUGUGGUGGAGGAUACCAAAUGCUGUCAGCAGUGUGUGUUGAGACAGAGACGGGAAGACGAGUAGAUGACGAACACUGUCAGCCUGCUGACAGACCUAUUACCGUCAUCCUCAACUGUAAUGAUCACGCCUGUCCCACGAGCCAAGUGAAAGUAGCUGCACUGCUGGAAGAUGGAAAGUUCCAAGUGACAGUAGCUGCAGCUCUGCUGGAAGAUGGAAAGUUCCAAGUGACAGUAGCUGCAGCUCUGCUGGAAGAUGGAAAGUUCCAAGUGACAGUACGCAGCUCUGCGGGAAAAGAGGAAAGUUCCCAAGUGACAGUAGCUGCAGCUCUGCUGGAAGAUGGAAAGUUCCAAGUGACAGUAGCUGCAGCUCUGCUGGAAGAUGGAAAGUUCCAAGUGACAGUAGCUGCAGCUCUGCUGGAAGAUGGAAAUUUCCCAAUGACAGUACUGCAGCUCUGCUGGAAGAUGGAAAGUUCCAAAUCUUUUGCAUGGGGUCCACAGUGCUGGCUGCGAAGCUCCAAAGUAGUGCCUCACAGCCUGGCAGGACAUCAUUACCCCUGCCCAAGCAAUGACCAGUCGCGCUGUCCUCCACGCUGGAAUAUAUCAGAAUUUGGAGAGUGCAGCAAGACAUGUGGAGGAGGAAUACAAACGCGGGAGGUGAAGUGUAUCCAUGAGGUGACUCGAGGCGGGACUAAUACUGUAGAGGUACCCGACAGCCUCUGUCCACAACCACCACAUCGCACACAACAACACUGCAACUUCAUGGACUGUCCCCCUGAGUGGGUACCAAGCAGAUGGUCCAAGUGUUCAGCACCGUGUGGUGGUGGAGGGAAGAGACGGGAAGUGCGGUGCCACCAGGCUCUGGCCAAUGGCCGGAUAGAAGAGAGACCCAACCGAGAAUGUCCUCACCGCCAGCCACGCUCUUUCCGGAAGUGCAACCAGAGGGGUUGCCAAGGAGAGAGAAAAGAACCAAAAAAUUCUAUUAUUAAAUCUCAGGUUCAUCAAAAUUAUGUUCAAAGCAAGUUCAUGAAAAGACUUACUCUCAAGGUUGGUGGGACAGCUACAGUGUUCCGAGGAGUGAAAGUCAAGGUGAAGUGUCCUGUACGACGCUUCGACCGUUCCAAGAUCACCUGGUGGUACGAGGGUCACCAGGUGGGCAAGAGAGGCCCCAUCAGAACCAACAAUAAUGGUGUUCUCAAGAUCAAGGAAGUGCAGUAUCCACAUGCUGGAGUUUAUAUUUGUAGAGCAAACACCUCAGAAGCCAACAUUACCCUGGAGGUGAAGCCGCUACCUUCAAGCUACCCGUCUUCAGAGGAGCUUCAUCAGUCGUCUGGCAGCUCAGUUAAUGAAGUCAGUCUUCACAACUUCGAAGACACCACCGGCACUCUCCGUGGCUAUGAAUGGUUGCCUAACAAAUCCACCAAGUUGCAAGGCAACGGAGGCCGCCGUCGCAAGGGACGAAGAAGGAGCAAAACCUUGAAGAAUAAAGGGCGCGGAGGCCGUCGCCGUAAAGGUAACUGGGAGAGUAACUGGUCGCCGAGCGACAACAAAACAUCAUGGACGAUGCACACCACAUUUAGGCCUAUAUUAACCUUUCCCUCGAGCUCAGGCACACUAGGUGAAGGACCAUUUAAGGCUUCCAGCAAAAACAUGCACACUGUUGAGAUGACAAGCAGUGAGGCAACUAACACUUUUGACCCCACAUAUUGGCACUCCAACACUCACACCCGUAAACCCGAGCAGGAAUAUAUCUACGGCACUGUCAAGCACUCUGGUUGGCCCCUCCACAGUGAGAAAGGUUACCACACACACACUGGAUGGGAUCAGGAAAGGGACUUUUAUGGAACUACCAAUCAUCUUCCAGAGAAGGACAUUGAUGAAGAGAGGCAACAUGUUUUUGGCAGAGUCACCCACCAUAGUGAUGGGAGCCGCAUCACUAGCGAAGAAAGCCACAUUUUUGGAACUAUUCGUUACGGCCCGCUGCCAGAAACAACUGAGAUCGCAAAUUCUGGAAGAGCAGGCUGGUCAGAUAUGACCAGUAUCACAGAAACUCACUUGCCUGAGAGGAACCCUGUCUUUGAGGAAAAUGGCAAUUCUCUUGAAGAUGGUCUUAGUGGACUGGAAACUGAGUCAAAAUUCUCACCAGAUAACAGUGAUCCAGAGAAGAAGCACCGCCACCAUUCAUUCCUUCGGUCAGGUCAGCGUUUGGGGUCUUGGUCAAAUCGUGGUGAAUCUCUGAACUCAGAUCGUAGCACAGGCCGCUGGCCAAAUCAGGGUACCUCUUCUCCCAUUUGGGACAUGGGCACCAGUACCAGUACUACCACAAACAAUCCUCACCUCUGGCAUUCUUUGACCAACCCUUUGGACCAGCAACACCAUAAGCACCAGCAGUACGACCUCCCUGGCACCCCUCACUCGCACGUUGAAGCCUUCCCUUCCCUGCCCCCUGCACCUCCCAACACCAGCUCUGGAGCCUCUCGUUCCGUACCCUACUUCCAGAAGAUACUCUCCCACCUGGAGUUUGUCAGAUUUGUUUCUUGCAAUGAAAUGCAAAUGACAAAUUGGUCCGAGUGUUCGCAGACGUGUGGCUUCACCAGCUCUUCUAGUGGUUACCAGGUUCGUUCAAUCCAAUGCCUGGUGAGAGUGAACAAUGUGAGUCGACCAGUAGAUGGAGCCUUGUGUGUUGAUGCUGGACUUGAAGCUCCAGUCACCAUACAGCGAUGUGGUCUUACAGAGUGUCCACAGUGGCAUUUUGGAGAGUGGUCGGAGUGCGAGUCAUCACGGUGUUUCACACUUCAUUAUGCGUUUCAGCGUCGUGAUGUGGUGUGCCGUUUACAUAAUGGGACGGUAGUCAGUGCCUCGCAGUGUGAUGAUCGAACUCGUCCACGGCAUCGACAAGAAUGUUACAACUAUCAGUGCUCUGGAGUGUGGCGAGUGGGCGAGUGGUCUGAGGUAUUAAUUCUCCAAGUCUUUGGUAGUACUAGGACAAGAUUUUACACAUUCAUGAAUGUAACUCUGAUUCAGUUCGUCAGAUUUUUUUAGUUCAGGGUAAAAGGUACACGUUAUAUGAUUAG